AAAUUUAAUUCAAUUAAAAUAAUGUCAGGUAUUAACCUCCCACCGCUGUGGCUUUCUCCAAACUGGACCGGAGUGGGAAUCCACAGGAAAUCGGGAUCUCCGCGGCGUUUCCCCGCAAACCAAGCCCUGCUUCCACCGCCUGCUGUCCCACUGACGGUCAGUGGAGAGGAGGAGGAGGUGGGGAAGCCACAGGGGCCCCGCCUGGGCCAGGUGGACCCCCGGGUGGCAUCCCUGCAGAGGAACAUCCAAUUCCUGCAGGAACAACACAAGGAAACUCUGGAGAAGCUCCACGCAGAAAUAGAAUACCUCAGAAAGGAGAAUAACGAACUGAAGUAUAAAAUGAUUAUGGAGUCGCACCAGACUAGCAGAAAAGGAAGAAUGCACAGCUUUCAAGAUGCAACACCUAAAACCCAAGGCAGAGUGGCCCACACAGAAGAGGAACCAUUGGAGAAGACAUCAGCACUACUGCAAGACCGCGCUUUAAGAGAACUCGGCGAUGUUCCACUGUCAGUACGGCAAAUCAAUGGCACAGGCAUCACUAGGCGGAUAACCUCCUUACAGCCUCUAAGAGUCCGCAGCAAUCCAUCCCGUCCACCACACCCCCCCACCCUGCAGGAGUGUGAGAUCAUCAUCCAGCAGAUGUUCAAAGCCAACAAUUUACAGUGUCAGGAGAUUGCGUGUGUGAAGGCAUUGCUUAGAGAUUUUGUCCUGAGCAAGAAAAUCCCCCCAGAAAACCAUAUGUCAAGCAAAGCCUACCUUAUUGAUAGACCACGGAAGGCUGUAGAAGAAAGGACAUUUCCUAAACUGGACAUUCAGUCGUUUCCAAAGAAAGUGUCUGGGGUGCCUCAGUCUGGUGUUGUCCUUCCUGCCCUGAAGCAGAGCCUUAGCUCCAACAGUGCAAUCAGAGAGAGGAGAACCCGAGAAUUGCAUAGAGGACACUGCAAAUGGACUUUCCAUUAAUGUCUAUAGUUUUAGUCACCAAUCCGCCUUCAUUGAUGAUUCAUUAAAACACAAGCAUAAAG